CAAACACUUCUAUUCUUUUCUUCCCAGGGGCGGCACGGUGGCUCGGUGGGUAACACUGUCAGUUCACUUUGUUGCUCCGCAAACACUACUGCAGACUCCACAUGAGCUCUUGACCUGAUUAUCAGGGAGCCAGCAGGACCAUGGCGACGGCUGGUGAGACCCAGCUUCAGAGGAUCAUCAGAGAUCUUCAUGAUGCUAUAACAGAGCUCGCCAAAGAGUACAAGGAGAACGGAGAGCCGAUCACAGACGACAGCACAAACCUUCACAAGUUCUCCUACAAACUGGAGUACCUGCUACAGUUUGACCAGAAAGAGAAGACUACAUUUCUGGGAACCAGGAAGGAUUACUGGGACUAUUUUAAUGACUGUCUUGCCAAAAUCAAAGGAGCCAACGAUGGCAUUCGCUUCGUCAAAUCCAUAACCGAGCUGAAAACAUCUCUGGGAAAAGGACGAGCUUUUAUCCGCUACUCUCUGGUGCACCAGCGGUUAGCUGACACACUUCAGCAGUGCCUCCUAAACCAAAAGGUUACCAGUGACUGGUAUUAUUCCCGGAGUCCCUUCAUAAAGCCUCACCUCAGUGUGGACAUUAUUAAUUACCUCUAUGAGCUCAACGAGGUCCAGUUUGAUGUGGCUUCCCGAGGUCAUGACCUGGAUUCAGCAUGGCCCAGUUUUGCAAGGAGAACUCUGGGUACGACAAGCUCUCCCAGCCUCAUGUGGAAACCACCCAGUCGUAGCUCCAGCAUCAACAGCCUGGCCAGCUCGUACUCUCAGGUGCCAGAGUUUCUCUACAGUCCAGACUUUGGACAGGGACUGUUGAAUGAAUCUGUGGAACCUCUACAAGAUUCGUCCUUAAGCACAGUGGACGAGCUCCGUCUGGAGCUGGAUCAGUCUGAACUGAAGCAACGAGAGCUUAUUGACCAAGUCCAGCAGCUCGGUGGUGAGACCACAGAGCUUCGUGAAGUAGUGACUGAACUGCAGCGACAGCUGGACAUCUCACUAGCAGCUCAGGCUAAUCACCAAGAGCUCCAGCUCAAGCUGCAGGUGCUGGAUCAGAGGGAGCGGACUCUAGCACAAGAGCUGGGGCUCCUGAGGGGACGUGAAGCUGCUAGAGAGGCAGAAAAGCAGGAACUUCAUGGAAAGUUAGCAUCCGCAGAGAGAAAAAACGAGGAGCUUAUGGCUAAACUUGAUCGGGUGCUUGAGGAAAAAGGACAGAGAGCAGCCAGCCACUUGGACUCAGCAGAGAAGAUUCAUGAGCUCCUGGAUGGACUUAAGGAGGCAGAGAAAGGGAGGAUAGAAGCACUAGCAGAUGGAGAGGAGAAAAGAAAGUAUGCUGAAAGACUGGCUGAAGACCUCAGGAAAGCAAAGCAAGCCUUGGGAGAUGGAGAAACUAAAAUGACAGCUUUAACAGAAAAAGGUGAAAAGCUGGCCAAGGAGCAACGCAACGCCAUGGAUAAACUUCAAGAGGAGCUGUUGGUGAGGGAGAAGGAAGCUAACAAUCUCCGAAAAGACCUGCAAGACCUUCAGCAUUGUCUGGAGACAACAGAGUCAGAGGCUGCAGUUGAGAAAAAGAGGACAGUGAAGGAAACUGAAGAGCUGCAGAAAAAGUUGAGUGCUCUUAGAGAAGACCUGGAAGGCCAGGUGAAAAGCCUGAAUGCACAGCUCAAGACUAAAGAAGCUGCAGCUCUCUCCAGCUCCAAGAGAAUCCAGAACCUGGAGUCUGAAGUUCAGAAGGUGGCACAAGAGAAACAGACCUUGGGUGGAGAUGUGCAAGAAUUAGAGACCAGAAUCAAAGACCAGAGCAAGAAGAUCGACGAAUACAAAGAGCAGUGCACCAAUCUGAUGGAAUUAAACACCAACCUCAUCCAAUCAGCCAAAAAGAACGAGGAGACCUGCAAACAGCUGGAAGAAACCAAGGCUGCAUUAGAAAGUGAGCUUGCUGGGCUGAGAGCAUCCGAGAAUCAGCUCAGAGGACAACUUGACGAUGCUAAAGUGACCGUCGAUGAAAAGGAACAGCGGAUGCGUGAGGAGAACCGCAGCCUUUAUGAGAAGCUCCAGAAAGCAAACAUGCAGAUUAAAGAGUCUGAAGGCAUAGCUCACAAGUUGCAGCAGGGGAACGGGGAACUCAAGGAGGAGCAUGUGAAACUUAAGGGUGCUCUCACUUCUAAGCAAGAGGAGCUACACAACAUUCAAGAACAGAGUGCUUAUCUUGAGAAAAGCUUAGAAGGAUCCAGGCAAAAUGAAGCAAACCUGACCUUGCAAUUGACGGAACGAGAUUCCCAACUGAAGGACAAAGAGCAGCAGAAUGAGAAGCUCCAGGAGACAAUAGAUGAACUGGAAGCCCGUGAACGAGAGCUGCAGAAAGGGAAGGUGGAUGCAGAGAGUGCCCUUGAGAGACAAAGCAAGAUGAUAGAAAACUUAGAGGUGCAGAGAAAAGCUGUAGAAACAGCUCAGCUAGAGACAAGUGCCUGUAAUGCGAAGGAAGCCCAAAAGAUGGCUACGAAUAUUGCUUUGUUGGAGGGGCAGUUGGACAUAAAUGUUAAAGAAGUGUCCAGGCUUCAGGAAGAAGUUGUGGACCUAAAAAGCAAGUUGCACAGUGCUUCUGAGGACAAGGUCAAGAUCCAGGCCAGUCUGGAAAUCACAGAAGCGUCUAAAAAGGAGCUACAAACCCUGACUGAACAACUCAAAAAGCAAGGCGAGGAGCUAAACCGAGUUCAUGUCGGUGAACUUCUGCACUCUAAGCAGCGCAUGGAGGCUGUAACGUCUGAACUAGACGCCGAAAGAUCCGCACUAAGUAAGCUAACUGCCGACUACGCCACAGCCCAGGAGGAGAUAGCUGAACUGAAGGAACAGAACGAAAAGCUGAUCCUGGAGAAUGCUGAUAGCAAAGAAGGGCUCCAACGAGUCAACACAGAGAUGGCAGAGCUGGGACUGACUGUCUGCAAGCUGACGGCGGAACGUGAAGAGACUCAGAAAUGCUGGGAAACCAAGGCCAAGCGAGUUAAAGAACAAGAGGAGCAAGGCAAACGUGAGAUAGACGGAUUAAAUGCCAGCCUGGCUGCGCUUCAGCAGGAGAGUGCCAGUCUGCGAGAGGAGCUUCAGCAGUUGGAGAAUCUUCCAAAAACAGUACUGGAGCUGAAGGAGCUGCUAGACAAAGCUGAGUGUGAGAGAGAGGCGGCACGGGAGGAGACAGCAGCUGUAAGGUUUCAGAUGAGUUCAGAAAGUAUGGCGCACCAGAGCCAGGUGAAGAGAUUAAAUGAAGAGUUUGAGAAUUUAAAAGCACAAGUGAAGACUGAGAAAGAGAAGAUGGCAUGCCUGGAAUCUAAAGUCUCAGAGUUGGAGGAAGUCAAUUCCGAGUGCUCUCGGCUGAUGGAGGAGAAAGAUUUGCACAUCGCCAAGGCCGAGACUCUGAUUUGUUCUGGAGAGGAUGAAAUACAGCAAUUGAAGGACAGGUUGAAAGGUGCAGAGCAGACUUUGGGAGCCGUGCAGCAGGAGUCCGAUGAGCUGAAGGUGAAGCUGCCGAAAGUUCUGUCUGAUGCUCAAACUAAGCAGCUCAGAAUGGCUGCCGAGAUCGAAGACCUCACUCAGACCAGGAGCACACUGGAGGAACGCCUCAUCGAGCUCAUCAGAGAUAAGGACGCUCUGUGGCAGAAGAUGGAUACUCUGGAGUUUGAGCAGAAGCUGAGGGCGGAGGAACAAUGGUGGCUGGUGGAUAGAGAGGCCACGCACUGCCUGAGUUGCCAGAGUCAGUUCACGUGGUUGCUCCGCAAACACCACUGCAGGUUGUGUGGGCGGAUCUUCUGCUACUACUGCAGCAAUAACUUUGUGACGACAAAGUAUGGGCCGAAGAAGGAGCGCUGUUGCAGGGAGUGUUACUCGCAGCAUUGCGCUGUGGCCGAGAGACUCUCCGGUGCUGAAGUCAAGAACCCUACAAAUACAAAAGCUACAGCACCACACACUGCCAGCACACCAUCACCAGUAAACGAACCCACUCCCAGUGUUACAGUGAGCAAUCCACAUGUGAAGCAGGAUGAUGGUGUGUUUGAUAUCAUCACUGAUGAGGAGGUGAAUGGACUGUACGACAGUGAGACUCUCUCACAAACCACAGCAGAGUCACAGGAGGGAGAGACGGAGGACAGAGUCUCCAAGGAUCAGGGUGCUUCCAGUGAUUUGGCUGCGGAAAGAAACGAAUUGCCCCCAACUGUACAAGAUGCUGAAAUUAACCUCCUCAAAUCAGAGGAACUCAGUUCCUCAGCAGAGCUGCACAUCGAUGACCUCUUUCACUUUGGUGAUUCUCCUCGGGAGCUGUUCGUGAAGUCCAGUUGCUACAGCCUCAUCUCCAUAACUGUAGAAAACCAUGCACCCACAAUCGGCUGGGUCUUCUCAUCUGAGCCAAAGAGCAUCUGCUUCAGCGUGGUCUACAGAGAAACGGUUGACACUCCAGUGGAGCAGUCCAAGGUUCUGAUUGCUCUGACCCGAUGUAAUGCCCACAAAGAGACAAUGCAGGGCCAGCUUAAAGCCAGAAACCCAGGCGUUUACACUCUCAUCUUCGACAACUCCUUCUCCAGGUUUAUCUCCAAAAAAGUCAACUACCACCUGACCACAGAGAAGCCAGUCAUCUAUGAUGGAAGUGAUUGUCCAUAGACACAUUGCGAAUUUUAUUAUUUUUAGAUUCAUUUUAUCUUAAUUAUUUUUACUGUGCCAAGUGUUUUAAUAUUUUCAUUUCACUACUAACAGAAUGAGACGAUGAGUUUCAAAGCACUCUGACGGUUUUACACUACAGCAGAACUGCGUUAAGGUCAGACGUGUUACUUUUAAUGUGGCCAUUAAUGAAAACACGGAACGCACAUUAUGCAGACUUACAUUAUUUUGUGCAAGAACGCUAAAGGAAAUGACAUCUUUUUAA